CCGCGGCCGCUCGGGCGCCUCCUCCGUCCGGCCGGGAGCCAAUGCGCGGGGCGGCGGGCGGGCCCGGCGGAGGCCCGCGGGGUGGCGGCGGCGGCGCGGGCGGAAGCGCGGAACACCGGGCCAUGCCGGAGCACAGCACCCUGCUCCACCUGCUCGCCGGAGGAUGCGGUGGCACAGCUGGAGCCAUCCUGACAUGUCCCCUGGAAGUGGUGAAGACACGUCUACAGUCAUCCCAACUGACACUGCGGCCUCUGUGCCUCUCAGAGAUACAGCUGCCGGGGAUGAGUGUGAGGCUGAUGAACCCCAGCCCACCAUCUCCUGGGGUGCUCAGGUUGCUGAGGGACAUCCUUGAGAAGGAAGGCAUGCGAUCCCUGUUCCGAGGUCUGGGCCCAAACCUUGUUGGGGUUGCUCCUUCCCGGGCUAUAUAUUUUGCUGCCUAUUCUGGUGUUAAGGAGAGGCUCAAUGCUGUCCUCGUACCGGAGUCCAAGAAAGUACACAUGCUAUCAGCAGCCUGUGCAGGCGUUGCCUCUGCCACACUCACCAACCCUAUCUGGUUAGUGAAAACCAGAAUGCAGCUGGAAGCCAGGGCGAAGGGAGAGAUGGCCAGCAAUGCUCUCCAGUGUGCCAUGCAUGUCUACCGCACUGAAGGCCUUCGUGGAUUUUACCGUGGUAUCACUGCCUCCUAUGCUGGAGUGUCAGAGACCAUCAUACACUUUGUCAUCUAUGAAUCACUGAAACAGCAUCUGAGAAACAGCCAUCCUUCCCUUUCCCCACCACUCACGCUUUCACCAAACGGCCAUGAUUUCUUUGGACUAAUGGGAGCUGCUGCUGUCUCCAAAACAUGUGCUUCCUGCAUUGCAUAUCCACAUGAGGUCAUUCGGACACGGUUGCGAGAAGAAGGGUCACGAUACCGUUCCUUUGUACAGACUUUGCAGCUUGUGGUCCAUGAAGAGGGACCCUUGGCUUUAUACCGAGGGCUCCUGGCUCACUUGAUCCGCCAGAUCCCAAACACAGCUAUCAUGAUGGCUACCUAUGAACUUAUCGUACAUUUGGCCUCUUCUACCUUGUAAGCACGCUGUAGCACCUGGCUGAGGCUGCUGUAGAGGCACAGAGACCUCACGGUCCUGAGACUUGGUCUUUUUCUGUGCUCUGAGAGGUGGUGCUUUUCAUCACGUAUGAGAAUUGGGUCAGGUGUAGGAUUCUCAGGAUAUAAGACUAUUUUGUGCAAAACUUUUGGCUCCAAUGUGCACAAUGUAGCCUUUCUUCUUUCUGGAGACUUGAAUUAUUCUGGUGCUGCAAGAUGUCAGGGCACUGGUUUGAUAUUGCCUGCUGUAAGCUCCCUGCAUGAAACAAGGGCAUGGAACUUACUGGAAAGGAGGCAAAGGAGAAAGCAUAAAAGUAUCUUAGACAGCCCCCGCAUGUUCACUUCUUUUGGACCCAAUAACAACCAUGCAUGGACACAGUUGGACACAAAGACAGGCUAGAGCUGGGACAUCUGAGAGAACUGCAGCAGGCAGAGGUCUUGCGCUGAGAGCUUUCGUGCCCUCCAAGGUGCUCUUCCACUCUCACCUACUGUGCUGCCUUCCUGCCUCUAAGGAGGAUUUCUCAACCUUGGCUACCAGCAAAUGUCCUAUUGCAGAAUCUUCCUUUGGGUCCUUAAUAUGUUGCAGCCAGUGCCCUGAGACACGUCAGGCAGCUGCAAUUUUUGUCUUGCAGGGUCUGAAUAAUCAAAGUAGGUCAAGGGAAGCAGCACAACCUGCUAUGAAGCACUACCCUAACAACUCAUGCUGUUGGGCUUAUAGCCAUGCUUUGCCAAUAUCUGUUGUGUCCAUUCCCUCCAUUCCCAACAGAAAGAGGACACCUCGUUCUCUCAGGCUGGAACCCCUGGUGGAAAAAUAUGCUCUUUUUUGCUGGUAAAGAAAGUGGAUCAGAUGAAAAGAUGUACCAAGCAGAGGAUUUGGCCUGUUUCUAUUGAUAAUACACUAAGUGUAUGGGAAGAGCCUUAUUUUUUUUCUGUAAUCAAGAGUUCAGUUUGCUGCAUGUGUUACACUUGCCUGUGACAGGCUGCGAUGCCUUCCGUUCCUUUGUGGGUUCCUAGCCCUGUGUUCAAGGGAAGGCUACAUUGUGAUUUCAAAGAGUAUUUUGACUUUCAGAAAGGCAGGGGGGUAGCAUCAGGGAUGAUGUGUUUUUUCGUGUUCCAACACAUAUGCUAAAAAAUGUAACCCUUCCCCGACAUAAGGCAGUAAUUUCAGUAAAUACAUGCUCUGGACAAUCUCCAGUUUCACAUUAGAGGCUACACUGACUGUUUAUUUCCCUGCUUAUAGUGAAAAACUGCAGAAGCCCUGAAUAUUUUAUUUGAAAUCCAUUUAUUUUAAAAUCCAGUUUGUUUCCUCAUCCUUCUUACCUUCAUUCAUUUAGUUUAGGAGUAUCGACAAUUUUACAAAGCGACACAAGCUGCAGUGGUUUUUGUGUUGUGGUUGUUUUUUUUUUUUUUUUUUUUUUUU